AUGGUAAAAGCAGAGAACCACCAGAGGUUCCUUGGAGGGAUGAGGCAGCGCUUCCAGACCAUGCUUGCAGCUGUGGGGCUCAUCUCAAUCAUGACCGCAGGAUUAACGGUGCUCACCUUGAGACUUGUGAUCAUAGUCAUGGCUCAAGCGAUAGUCAGGGCAAUCGUCCGACAAGGUAUUGUUCAAACCAUGGCCAGUACUGUGGUCACAGGAUGUGUAAAUCUUGUCAAACAUUUGGGUCCAGAAAAAGAAAAGAGACUUGCCUCCCUGGUGGUCUCUGAGCAUGGUGCCAUAGGAGCAGCAUUAGGUGGAGCAGUUGGUGGAGCUGUUGGUGGAGCAGUUGGUGGAGCUGUUGGUGGAGCGGUGCACGCAGUCUUGGGAGAGGUUCUCCCGGUCUUCAGACAGGCAGUUGGGGUCGCACUGGGUGUAGUUUUCGGUAGGACAUUUGGUGAGGCAUUCACCAACGAAAUCCUGAAAAGGAACGCAAUAACAGACAAAGGGAUCGCAGGAGCACUAGGGGGAGCUUUAGCGGGCGGCUUCGGAGCAUUGCUUGGCUUCAUGGCAGGAGGGAUUGUUGGAGGCUUCAUGGGUGCGCUGUUGGGGGCCGUGGGAGUUAAAUAUUUCGGCAAUUGGUUGAAGAAGGCAUUUCUUGGAGGACAACAAUGUUCCAUGUCAGUGCUUUCAGCCACAGCCAUAGGACUUAUCACAUCCAUAGGACAUUUCACAACAAUAUUUGGAGUAAUAGGCCUGCUUGGAAGCUUGGUGGCAAUCCUGGCUGUGCUCAUAGCAUCCAACAAACAACACACAUCCAAAGCUACACACAACUCUACCAACAAGAAAGAAGUAAAAGACGACCAGCACACCUCUACCAAUAAGAAGGACGUAAAAGAAGAACACGAUGAUCAGGAAGAGAACCAGAAGUGGAUGAAAGUAGACGUCCAGAAACUUGUUAGGCAAUAUUUUGAAUCGAUACUUUCAGCUGUGGGGCUGAUCACAAUAAUAUUUGCAGGGGAAAUGCCGGCCUUCACACUCGGAAGCUUAGCAGUGAUCGCAGCGGUGCUUGAACUACUCAGUGGGGUACACAGAUCCAAGGGUUCGUCUGAAGUCGUAAGAACAGCCAAGGGCAUAGUGGAAGCUGUUGUCUCAGGUUAUGGAAAACUGGAUGAACUUUUGAAAAGAGUCCUAGGACAGAAAAUAGCACCAUUAGUGUCUAAGCAUGGGCGAGAUGCUUGCACCAUGGGAGGAGCAAUAGGUGGAGCAGUUGGCGGAACUAUUGGUGGGGUAGCGCACACAUUUUUGGGAGUGAUACAUCCAAUCUUCGGGCAGGCUGGUGGUGGUGCACUGGGGGCAAUUGUUGGUUGGACAAUCGGCAAAGCGUUCACCGGCGACACCCUGCACUGCAAAAACUGCUUAUCUAAGAAAACCUAACCAAGUGUUAUUAGUCUUCAGAAUAAACUGAAUUACUUAGUACUUUUUCCUAAAAUAAUUUACUUAAUUGAAGAUGAGCCAGAAGAAGCCAAUGCAUUGAGCAAAUUUGUCUUGAUAAGACUCCUUAAAAUAAGACAGUCUUCUUCAAUUAAAUGAUAUUUCGAGAAAACACUAUGUAAGUCUCUUCAUACUAAA